AUUUCCACUGUAGUUCAACAAAAGUCAUUUCCGCUUCAGCAGACGCAGAAAGGCUGCGUCAGGAAAAUACAUAUCCCAGAGUGCAACUCGAGGAAAUGCCCGCCUCUUUUUUUGAGCACAUGACUUGCGGUACUCCUGUGAGCUACAACAACACAUCGUUUGUGGUGUUCUCUGGUUCCGUUAAGCAUCUUUUUCGGCGUUUUCUUCUGUAGUUAGUGACGCACAGUUAUCUUGAAAAUGAGGCUGCAGUGUUUGUUCGCAGCUCUGUGUCUCGGCGUGGGUGUAAUGGCUGGGAAAUACUCUCGGGAGCUGAAUGAGCUUAAGCCGAACGACAGUGAUGGGCAGACAGUGGAGUUCAGGAUAGCUAAGCUAAACCAGGUUUGGGAGAAAGCUAAAAGGAUGCAGCUGUCUCCAGUGCGACAGGCUGAGCUGCACAGUGACCUGAAGAUCCAGGAGAAAGAUGAGCUGCAGUGGAAAAAAAUGAAGGUGGACGGGCUCGAUGAAAAUGGGGAGAAAGAGGCCCAACUCCGACGUAACUUCAAUGUGAUCCUCGCCAAGUAUGGGAUGGAUGGGAAAAGGGACACGCGGCCGCUGGAGACCAACUCGCUGAAAGAUCACGACAUCAAGGAGGAAGACACAUUUGAUGAUCCCAGACUGGACAAACUCUGGAACAAGGCUAAGAGCUCAGGGAAGUUCUCUGAUGAGGAGCUGCUGAGCCUAAAGAGGGAGUUCCAGCACCACAAGGAAAAGGUCCACGAGUACAACAUCCUCAUGGAUACUGUCGGCAGGACUGAGGAAAUACACAAGAAUGUGAUCUCUCCCCUGGAGGGUGAUACCAAAGAGCACGUGCUGCACCAGAAGCACACAGAGCUGAAGCAGAAAAUGAGAGACCUCAACCAGGGCUUUGAGCGCCUCCGUAAGCUCAGCCACGAGGGCUUCACUGAAGAUAGCGAGUUUCGGGAGCCGCGUGUGAUUGAACUGUGGGAGGCUGCCAAGAGAGCCAACCUCAGCAAAGAUGAGCUGGAGUCUCUCAUGGAGGAACUGCGUCACUUUGAGACGAAAGUAGAGAAGCACAGUCAUUACAAGGAGCAGCUGGAGCUGUCCCAUCAGAAGCUGCAACACGUGGAGGCUCUGGGAGACAAAGAGCACAUCAAGAGGAACAAGGAAAAGUACAACACACUUUCUGAGAAGACGAGGGAGAUGGGCUACAAGAUGAAGAAACACAUGCAGGAAUUGUCCAACAAGAUUUCUCGUCAGGGACUCCAACACAACGAGCUCUGAGAGGUCUGGAUCGCAAUCAUCACACCAGUGAGAGAUGAAAGAACUGUAAUGGUUUUCUCUACAGUCACACAGUGUUGACGCACCAUAACCUUUCAACUACUGUUUAAAAAAAAUCACCAGUGUUUUCCAUGGAUGUUUUUCUACUUUUCUAGUGAGUGAAAUGCUGAAUGAAUGAAUUCUUGGCUAUUUGUAUGUAAUAUGCAGAAGAAGUAUGCAGUUAUGAUAAAUAACUGAUCAGAUUACCAGUCAAGGUACAGUACAGAUAAAUUAAAUAUAUAUAACUAAUGGCAGGUAAGUUGAAGGAAUAUGUCUGGUAUGCAAAAAAAUGGCUUUACUUUAGCCAAAUGCUACUGUAGGACAUUAUACUUUGGCCUAUUGAUAUAUUUUAAUGGUACUUUGAUUAAUAUAAAAUGAAGAUCAGGAGCAGAAGCACUGAAAACUAGGAAGCUGAAAAUGAAAUGGUAAUCUUUAAUAGUCAGUAAGAUACAGGUGCCAAAACAGACGUACAGUAAAUGUUUUAAAAAUAUAGUUUUACAACAGUGAGAUGCUUUGGCAUAAAUAAAAACACGUAAUACACUGUACACAAAAGCAGUUUCUGUAGUGACAUAAUUUGUAAAACGUUACAUUUUUGUGAGUCGUUCCUCGUGUUUUUUCUUUCUCCUCAGAGACACUAGUGGGGAACCAAAAUGAUAAAAAUAAAUUUGCAUCCAUUAUUGCACAUUUUGUCCUGAUAAUAUCAAGAGGGAGGUGAGAAAUUGAAACAAACGCUAUGCUUUUCCAUUCAUCGGUCCCUGGCCUCUCAGACCAGAAGCAGAGGCAAUGAUUACUGUGAUGAAUAAUGUUUCUGGCUGGCUGAUUACUUAGUCAUGUCCUGCUUGGACCACAUGGGCCUGGAUUAAUGCAAUUUGCACCCUGGGUAUAACUGUAAGCUGCUUAUUUUUUAUCGAAUCCUUUUCCGCUUUGAGGUGGAAUGAUCACCUGGCAAGUUGGGGCUCUUAGCAUUCAGUUGUAAGGUGUGAGAUGAGGUGGGCUUUAUCGCACUGUGAAAUCUUAUUUUGAUCAGUGACCUCUUGAAAAAGAGAGGUAGCAAUAAUAUUGUUUGGGUAUGACCACAAAUCCUGAAGAAAUUAAAUCCAGCAAGAACUGAAAAGACAGUGCAGCUUAAAAAGCAAAGUGUCAUUUGUCUUUCAUCUGUAAUAUCCACUCAUAAAUAAAGCCAUUCGUAACAA